CUCUGAUAAAUUGUGCGAUCGUACAAUAAAUAACAUAUAAUGUCAUCUAUUCCGCCAAAUAAGGUAGGUAGUAGGCAUUUAAUUGGGUAUUUAAUUAGUGUGAGAGAGAACGAAAGAGUAGAAAAAAAAGAGUAAGUGAGAGAGAAAUUUAGAUGGCGUUACUGGCCAACUUACUUAUUUCGCGCAUGCGCACUCCGUUUUGGCCAACACAAAAUCGGGAGAGUUGCGCUACUGUAUAUACUGUGGCUUUACCGUGUGAAAAAUUUUAGCACACACGCGCGUGCUAUAUAAAUAGAUUUUUUUGUAUGUCAAGGAUAAAAAUUUAAUUAUAUAAAGUGCGUAUACGUUAUCGUAUCGAUAAAUUGCUAUUUUUAAUAGAAGGGAAUAUUAUAUUAUUUUAAUUUGAUUUAAAAAAAAAGUUAAUGAAGAAUAAAUUUCCUUCUAAAACUCAUAUUUUUUUACAAAAUAAUCAUGAAAACCAAACGAAUUAAUGAUAGUGAAUGGAAACCUAUAACAUUGGAAGGUACUUUAUUAUCCAAUGGCAUAGAAGGAUUAAUUGGAAUAGAGGAAUUAACUGAUUAUAGUUUAGAACGGAACAGCAAGAAAGGCAAGAUUAUAACUACAGAAGUAAAAUUUGUCAAAAAGAAAAAAUCAAUAGCAAAGCGCAAAUGUUUAGAUGAAUGGAAAGAAAGUAAUAUCGACAGUGCUGAGACUCCCAUAAAAAAAUUGAAAGUUAAGAAAGCUAAAUCAAAGAAAUUGGAUGAGAAAACAAUAAAAUCAACAGAGCGCAAAAUUAUUAAUUCACAAAUUGAUUCUGAUAGCGAAAAUGAUUUGUCCUGUGAUACAAAUAAUAAAAAUUUGGCAAAGAUUAAUAUUGAAGCAUGGAGCUCUAUUGGUGUUCCUACUACUGUAAUAAAAGCUUUAGCUGAUCAGAAUUUUCAUUCUCCUACUGCGAUACAAGCUCAGACAUUGCCAGCUGCUAUAUUAGGCCGCAGAGACAUAUUAGGUGCUGCUGAAACUGGUAGUGGCAAGACAUUAGCUUUUGGUAUCCCAAUAAUAAAAGGUAUCUUGGAUUUGAAGAAGCAGGAGUUAGAAAUACCAGUGUCUAAAGAAACUAUAAAAUAUGACUCUCAAAAUAGUCAAUGGAGUUGUUCAAAAAUAGAAGCUAAAGAUGAUAAUUCUGAUUCAGAAAAUGAAAAUAUAUCAGAAUCCAAAAAUUGUGUACAUGUUAUAAAAGAUAUAAAGCUUGAUGAUUGUCAAAAUAUCCCAAUCAAACCCUUGUAUGCAUUAAUUUUGACACCAACUCGCGAAUUAGCGAUCCAAAUAAAGAACCAUCUUACUCAAGCAGCAAAAUAUACAGAUAUUAAGAUAGCUGUUAUUCUUGGAGGUAUGGCAGCAGUAAAACAAGAAAGGAUAUUAAAUAAAGGUCCUGAAAUUGUCAUCGCUACACCUGGAAGAUUGUGGGAACUGAUUCAAGAAGGCAAUUCUCAUCUAAAUCAAGUUGAUUCUAUUAAGUACUUAGCUAUUGAUGAGACAGACAGAAUGAUGGAGAAGGGUCAUUUUCAAGAAUUACACGAUCUCAUAGAAAAAAUGAAUGCAAAUCCGAUCAAGCUGGAGAAACGGCAGGUGUUUGUUUUUUCGGCUACUUUAACUAUGGUGCACGAUCUUCCGGAUUAUCUCGAGAGAAAAAAGAAACGAUACGCUAGGAGUAAAAUAUACAAACUCACUCCUGGCCAGAAACUGCAAACGAUUAUACACUUGUUAAAAAUAAAAAAUCCUAAAGUCGUCGAUCUUACAAAAGAAUCAGCUAUGGCUGAUAACUUGACCGAAUGUCGAAUAGCAUGCACGAUCGACCACAAGGAUUAUUACCUUUAUUACUUUUUGAAGAAACACAGUGGAAGGACAUUAGUAUUUUGUAACAGCAUCGGCUGUGUCAAGAGAUUAUCCACCCUCUUCAACAUACUUGAGUGCAAACCUUUACCUCUGCAUGCCAAUAUGCAACAACGACAACGUCUAAAAAAUCUCGAAAGGUUUCAAGCUGAUGAAAAUGGACUAUUAAUAGCCACGGAUGUAGCCGCGCGAGGUUUAGAUAUACCUAACAUAGAGCAUGUAAUACAUUAUCAAGUCCCAAGGACAUCCGAGAAUUACGUACACAGGAGCGGUAGAACGGCAAGAGCAGAAAAAGAAGGUAUCACAGUUCUAAUGAUGGAACCUUCUGAAAAACAGAACUACAGCAAGUUGUGCAAAACUCUUGGACGUACGCAUGAUUUACCUACAUUUCCUGUAGUAGAUAGGCUAUUAAUCUCUGUAAAAGAAAGAGUAGAUGUUGCUCGCGAUAUUGAUAAACUGGAAUUAAAAUGUCGCCGGCAGAAUACUCAGAAAAGUUGGUUACGGAAAGCAAUGGAGGAUAUGGAUAUGAUCUUAGACGAUGACGACAACGAUAAUGAAUUAUCAACGGAAUCGGAAGAAGCAGCAGCAUUGAGACGACAAUUAAAGGCAAAGAGAAAUCACUUGCGAUCUCUGUUAUCAAAGCCAGUAUUCCCGAAAGGAUUCUCAGGAAAGUAUCUUGAUGAUAAUUUAAAUAUAGAUCCUGCUCAGGAUACAGAGAAAGCUAUCGAAGUGAUGAAAAAGGCAAUAGAAAAUAAUUCCCGUAAAAGUAAAGAGAGCAAUAUCGUAUCUCAGAAAAGAGAACGAUUGCAAAAAAAGCUGAAAAAAUCUACAAAGUUUAAAAAGACAUAAAAUAUAUAUCUUGUUUAUAUAUAC